AUGAGCUUCACAAAAAACUUGACCCGAGCCCUAAACACCACCCCCCUACGCCAACAACGCAGCACAGCCACUUUCCCUUACGCAACGCACGAGCCCCUUGAAUACACACUCAGCAGACUCUCCUUAUCGAAAAUCAAGCAGGAGUCUGCCCGGCCAGAGCCCGACCUACGUCAUGUCGUCGGGUAUGCGUCGGUGAAUCGCGCCGCGGGGGAUAAGAUGUAUCAGAAUCUGGUGCGGGGGGUGGAGCUUCUACGUACGGAGAGGAAGGCGAAGAAAUGGAGUUGGGGAUGGGGGAUUGGGGGUACUUCGGACAAAAGAGGUGGUGGAGACGAGAUGUGUUGGGGGGAGCGAGUUGGAGGGGAGGGGGCGGCGGCGGAGGAGGAGCUCGAAAAGGUUGAGGGAGGAGCGGGUUUAGUGGUUCUAAGGAUGGAAUAG